GCAGGCCUCGCGGGGCGGCCGCGGACAUGUGCAGGAUGUCCUUCAAGAAGGAAACGCCGCUGGCCAACGCCGCAUUCUGGGCAGCGAGGAGGGGAAACCUGGCCCUGCUGAAGCUGCUACUGAACAGUGGUCGGGUGGAUGUGGACUGCAGAGACAGUCAUGGCACUACACUCCUCAUGGUCGCCUCUUACGCUGGCCACAUUGACUGUGUGAGAGAACUGGUCCUGCAAGGAGCAGACAUCAACCUCCAGAGAGAGUCAGGUACAACUGCCCUGUUCUUUGCUGCUCAGCAAGGCCACAAUGAAGUCGUGAGAUUUCUCUUUGGAUUUGGAGCAUCCACUGAAUGUAGAACCAAAGAUGGAGGCACUGCCCUGUUGGCUGCCAGUCAGUAUGGGCACAGACAGGUGGUGGAGACAUUACUGAAGCACGGAGCCAACAUCCAUGACCAACUUUAUGAUGGAGCCACUGCCCUCUUCUUAGCCGCCCAAGGUGGUUACUUGGAUGUUAUUCGAUUAUUGUUGUCUUCAGGAGCAAAAGUCAACCAGCCAAGGCAGGAUGGAACGGCACCCCUGUGGAUCGCGUCCCAGAUGGGCCACAGCGAGGUGGUGCGGGUGAUGCUGCUUCGCGGAGCUGACCGCGAUGCCGAGCGCAAUGAUGGUACUACAGCAUUGUUGAAAGCAGCCAACAAAGGGUAUAGUGAUGUGAUCCAGGAGUUGCUUAAAUUUUCACCCACUCUUGGUAUUUUGAAGAAUGGGACGUCAGCACUCCAUGCAGCAGUGCUCAGCGGGAAUAUUAAAACAGUGGCACUGCUUCUGGAAGCAGGGGCAGACCCAGCCCUGAGAAACAAGGCCAAUGAACUUCCAGCAGAACUAACCAAAAAUGAACACAUACUGCAUCUCCUCCGUAGUAAAGAAGGACACAGGAAGAGCUAACUUAGUUCCAUUUUACACAGAAAGCUAGAAACCUUAACCAUAUUGUCCCAAAACAAAUGGCUUUCAAACAGUGCUAGAAAUUCUUUGAAGAAAUAAUAUACUCAGAAUGUCUGCCCUGCGGGUCCCUGGCUGAUAGCUGUGCUUUGAGCACAGAUUCAGGAACAGGAGAGCUCAGGGGUCCCCUUCCCUCACUCUCAGUGGGCUUCUCACACGAUCCUAUAACCCAAGUCCAGGCCAGGCGUUGUCACCGAUUCUACAUUUGCAACUAUACUAACUUGGUUCUCUCAGUUAAAACUUGAAGUUGGACAGGGUUUUCAGAAUUAAGCAAAGACACAGAAAGUUUUGUCCCUUUGAGAGAAUGAAUGGUUGACUCAAUGAAUUGCUGCACUUUUGUUUUGUGUGCCAUGUAGAUGUGCUAAAAUGUAUAGGUUCAUCAUGUUUUACAAAAUCUAUGUAUGUCAUUUCUUCUUCCCCCUAAAGAUCAUAGCCAUAAUUAAUGCAAAUCGAUGAUGUGCAGGCAUACUUUAGUCAAGGGCCACUUCCAACAUCCCAUCAGGUGCUUCACAAAGAUGGACGGUUGAAUUAUAGAAAAGACAAAUUGUAUGCUUGUUAACCUGAAGCUUACUCCUGAAGUAUAAAAUCAUUUACUUAACUUUGUCGGUAUGUUAGGAAACCAGUGAAAAUUUAGAAACUGGAAAUUACACAUCACAGGAAAUAGAAGCCCUGUCUCUUUGAGCUUUUAUUUUGGUGCCAGUUUUGGUUCUAGUAAGUAGACCUAAUAUGCUCUGAAAUCUUAAGCUUCCAACACUGCAUUGCUUGAUAGAAUGGCUUUGAAAUCAUAUUAUAUGUAAAUCUAAUGUAUUGCUGGAGUGUAAGUAAUAAAAGAUGAUUGCUAGUAUUUAAUAAGUGUUCAUCUCUGCAUGUUCUUGGGUUGAUUCAAGGAGUCUUCUAUUGGAAUUAUUUCUUUGAAGGAGGUCACUAAAAUUUAUAAUCAGUGCACUUGAUAAUCAAUGGUGUCUAACUGUCUCUGUCAGUGCCUAACUACACACACAAUAAAAGUUAAUCAACACUAGUAUCAUUUCUCUUAUUUUUCUUGCUUUAUGAUGUUCUAUUGUAAUUUCCAGACAAUGUUCUAUGUGAAUUCAUGUUAUGAUGGAGGGAAACUGAAUCACCAAGUUUUGUUUAACCAAAAUGAAGAAGUACUAAAUGCAUUCUCUGUAAGUCAGUAAAGUAUGGAAUAUAAUUUUUUAAUUAAAAGAUACUCUCAAAAUUGUUUAGGAUUAAUUCAUUAAAAGCUUUAUUUGAAACAUUAUCAUAAGCAAAGCCACUAAUGAGCCAUCUACAGCUCUCCAAGAUAGCUAUGGCCUCAGUAGCUCUGCAAAAAUCUACAGUCUCAUUUCUUUUCU